CACUUCUCAACCUUAUAAUCCAACCAUAUGGCCAGACAGAAUUUCGUGGGACUUGUGGUGUCGCAGGGAAAGAUGCACAAGACCGUCAAGGUAAGGGUGCAGACAAAGAUCCAUGACGCCAAAAUCAACAAGGAUGUGUUCAAGAGAAAAGACUAUCUUGUGCACGACGAGGGAAACUUGUGCAAAGAAGGAGACAUCGUCAGAAUCGAGUCUAUCCCCAAAAUUUCCGCCAGAAAGUUCUUCGCCGUCGCCGAAAUCAAGGUCGAUAAGGGGCAGCAGUUCGCCUUAUAUGAGAAGUUGGCCCAAGAAAAAGUGGCUCAAGAAGAAUCUCAGUUGGUGAAAGAGUUUGUCAGCCGGAGAGAAAACUUGCAAAGGGUUAUCACCAAGAUCGAGGACUUGAAGGCCUUGGACAGGAUAGUCCACACCGCACAGACAGACCCUGAUGCCAGUCGGGAAGCACUUGUAAAGCAGAUCAAUGAAAUCAAGCAAAAGUAUAACAUCGAUUCAUGGCCCACGGAUAAGCCCGUGUUGGACUUGGAACUUACCAGCGAUAAGCUCGAGUUGGCGGAGAUGCAAACUAGAGAAACCCAUAUUCACCGGAUUUUAGAUGCUUUGAUGAGUGACGAAAAUGCAGGCGUGAGAAAAGAAAUCUUAUCGAAGGUGGCCAAAAAGAACGUGGACGAGUUAAAGCCCGGUAUCCAGAAAAACAUUCUAAGGAAGUACGUGUUAGACGUCCGUAAUGAAGUACCUAUUAAGUUCUAGUGGUGUAUCUCAUCGCUUCUCCAGCUUUUGCGAUUCGCACCAAUGUACAUAGAAAAAUUAAACAUCUAAUAAACAAGAUACACCCUG